CAACAUAUGUUCUUUAAUCUCUCUCUCUCUCACUCUUACACACACACACACAAAAGCUUUAUUCUUACCUUUUAAACCCACACUCUUGAUUAAUCCUCACAGUCCUAAAGAUCUUAUUUUUUUAAUCCCCAGAAGAAAAAAAGAUUGGAUCUUUUUGAUGGGUUUGUGGGCUACUUCAUUAUGUGUGUUACUUUUUGUGAUCUUUGAGGGUUUUAGAGUAGAGUGUCUAGGAGUGAAUUGGGGUACAAUGGCAACUCACAAGUUGCCACCAGAAGAUGUGGUUCAGAUGUUAAAAGACAAUGGGAUUAACAAAGUGAAGCUGUUUGAUGCAGAGCAGAGCACAAUGAGUGCUCUUGCUGGAUCUGGGAUUGAAGUUAUGGUUGCGAUUCCGAAUGAUCAACUUGAUUCCAUGACAAGUUAUAAAAGAGCUGAAAAGUGGGUGCAGCACAAUAUUACUCGUUACACUUUCAAUGGAGGUGUUAACAUUAAAUAUGUAGCAGUUGGUAAUGAGCCUUUCCUGAAGUCCUACAACAACUCGUUUCUUAAUAUUACCUUCCCGGCACUUCAGAACAUCCAAAAUGCGAUCAAUGAAGCUGGUCAUGGCGACACCAUAAAAGCAACUGUUCCUUUAAACGCGGAUGUCUAUGGUUCACCAGAAGAUAAUCCUGUCCCUUCUGCCGGAAGAUUUAGGCAAGAUAUUCUGGGACAAAUGACCCAGAUUGUGCAGUUUCUAGACAAGAACAAAGCACCAUUUACUGUGAAUAUCUAUCCCUUUUUGAGUCUCUACGGCAAUGACAACUUUCCCAUCGACUAUGCCUUUUUUGAUGGAGCAACUCUUCCUAUCCGUGAUAACGGAAUCGACUAUCUAAAUGUUUUCGAUGCCAACUUCGAUACCUUAGUUUCGUCAUUGAAAGCAGCAGGUUUCGGUGACAUGCCCAUCAUUAUAGGGGAGGUUGGAUGGCCCACAAAUGGCGACAAAAACGCUAAUGUGAGAUAUGCUCAGAGAUUCUACAAUGGGCUUCUAUCAAGACUUGCAGCCAAUAAAGGCACCCCACUGAGGCCAGGGUUUAUUGAGGUUUAUUUGUUUGGACUUAUUGACGAGGAUGCUAAGAGUAUUGCUCCUGGCAAUUUUGAGCGCCACUGGGGUAUCUUUAGAUAUGAUGGACAACCCAAGUAUGAAAUGGAUUUUUCUGGUCAAGGGCAGAACAAAUUUCUCGUACCUGCACAGAACGUGAAGUAUCUACCUCAGCAGUGGUGCGCGUUUAAUCCAGAUGCCAAGGAUCUAAGCAAACUCGCUGAAAAUGUCAAUUAUGCUUGCACAUUUGCAGAUUGUACUGCCCUGGAGUAUGGAUCAUCUUGUAAUGGCUUGGAUGCUAAUGCAAAUGCCUCUUAUGCAUUUAAUGCAUACUUCCAGGUCCAGAAUCAAGGGGACUUGAGCUGUAAUUUUCAAGGACUUGCAUCGGUGACAACACAAAAUAUAUCACAGGGUGAAUGUAAUUUCACCAUUCAAAUCAUGUCUUCGUCACGAUCUUCCAGCGCAGGUCCCUCACUUGUGGUUAUACUUUUUCUUGCCUUUCUCACUUUAAUCAUGUUUUACUAGCCUGCAAUUUGAUAGUCGUCCUCAUUUUUGAUGUCACGGUUCUUGCUAUCAAUGUAGAUAUUUUUCUGAAAGUUUUGAGUAUGUGUAAUGGAUGUUGUUGCUUAAUUAUUCAGAUUCGAAUUAAAGAUUAUGUUAUUUAUUA